ACUCAGAAAGACCUGUUUCCGGCUACGACUGUGGAACCAUGGCCUCAGACCUGAUCGGCGUGGCCGACGCCGUCGGGUUCGCGAAGUUCCGAGUGAUCGGUGAGGACUGGGGCGCGGCGUAUGCGUACACGUUGGCCGCGACGUACCGGGAGCGCGUCGUGGCGCUGGUUUAUCAGGAGAUGAUCCUCCCCGGCCUAGGUUACGAAGAAGGAUUCCACGCAAAGGGUGGGACAGAGGAGCAUGAAUUGAAGCUAUGGGACACUCGGACGCUGUGGCACCUUGUUUUCUUCAAUGUUCCUGACUUUCCAGAAAUGUUGAUGACGGGCCGCGAGCGGGUAUUCUGGACGCAGUGGAUGAGGAGUGAGAUGCGCGAUCCGACCGCCCUGACGCAGGAGGAUAUCGAUGAAUACGCCGGAUGGACUGAACAGCCGGGAGGACUGAGGACGAUCUGCGAAGUGUAUAGAGCUUGCGAAAGGGGGGCUCAAGUCAACAGGGCAUUGAUGGGGACGAAAUUGGAUAUACCUGUUCUCGCUGUGGGAGGAGACUUCUUCUUCGGGGAGGUUCCUAGGAGACAGAUGGAGAGAGUGGCGACGACCGUCAAGGGUGUUGUUAUCCAUUCGGGCCACAAUAUUGCGCUUGAGAAGCCGCAGGAGUUGGCAGAGGCUUACUUGGCAUUUCUGGAAAAUACUUGACCUGUGCCUUUCUGCCUUUGUUGCAUGGAAUACUGUUGCAUGUCCUACAAAAGCUCGCAGAGAAGAAGAAGAACUUUCCUAUACCUACCUAG